GCAUUUCUUCAAUUUAUACGAAUAUGAUUUAGUCACAUAUCUGUUGUAGUCCAAAAUGGUCUCGUUGAAGUUUAUUUUGCUGCUUUUGGUCAUAUACUAUUUUCUAGACGGUGUUUCGGCGGUGACCUGUGAUCUUGCCCCCACAGAUGCCAGCUGCAUUGACUGUCGGGUUUACCCCACCCACAUCGAGUGCUUGCAGAGAUUUUGGGCGCCAACUACAACUGCAGCGCCAUCGAUCGUAGCCACCACCAGGAGGUCCCGAAUCGGAAGGAUUCGCAACUUCUUCAGCAGUUUUCUUACACGAGUCAGAAGUAAAAGUUGGUUCUGAGAUAUAAGAGAUAUAAAUGUCAAAAUUUUAAA